AUGAGUCAGUCUGAUCCUGCAGCUGAUAAUACAGCCAAUGCUGACCAUGAAGAACUUGUUUGUACCAAACUGCGAAGUCUCGCUCCUGAAUGUGAUUCAUUGAAGACGGCUUAUGAUGCCUGUUUUCAAGAGUUCUUCGAGAAAUUCCUCCAUGGCUAUUCCGUCGAUCCUUGUGGUCAGAAACUGAAAGCCUACCAGAAAUGUCUACGUGGUGCAUUGUCAAACCUUGGUCUGGAUAUGACCAAAAUAGACUCCACGCACAUGAAUUCGGACGCUGCACUUGCUACCAUCUUGGACAAACGGUGA